GAGCCUUUUGUGGCAGAUGAAUACAUUGAGCGCCUGGCAUGGAGAACACCUGGAGGAGGUUCCAGAGGUGGAGAAGCUUUUGAUCCGAAAAGAUUAUUAGAAGAAUUUGUAAAUCAUAUCCAAGAAUUACAGGUAAUGGACGAAAGGAUUCAGAGAAAGGUGGAGAAACUGGAACAACAGUGCCAGAAGGAAGCAAAGGAAUUUGCCAAGAAAGUACAAGAGCUGCAGAAAAGCAACCAGGUUGCCUUCCAACAUUUCCAAGAACUAGAUGAGCACAUCAGCUAUGUAGCAACGAAGGUCUGUCACCUUGGCGACCAACUGGAGGGGGUAAACACGCCACGGCAACGGGCUGUGGAGGCUCAGAAGCUGAUGAAAUACUUUAAUGAGUUUCUGGAUGGAGAGCUGAAGUCUGAUGUUUUUACAAACUCUGAAAAGAUUAAAGAGGCAGCUGAUAUUAUUCAGAAACUGCACUUGAUUGCACAGGAACUGCCUUUUGACAGGUUUUCUGAAGUAAAAUCAAAGAUAGCAAGUAAGUACCAUGAUUUGGAGUGCCAGCUAAUUCAAGAGUUUACCAGUGCACAACGGAGAGGCGAAAUCUCCAGAAUGAGAGAAGUAGCAGCAGUUUUGCUUCAUUUUAAGGGCUAUUCCCAUUGCGUUGAUGUGUACAUAAAACAGUGUCAAGAGGGUGCAUUCCUGAGGAAUGACGUCUUUGAAGAUGCAGCCAUUCUCUGCCAGCGAGUGAAUAAGCAAGUUGGAGAAGUCUUCAGCAAUCCAGAGACUGUCCUAGCCAAACUCAUUCAAAAUAUCUUUGAAGUUAAACUUCAG